CGAGCGGGGCCGGGGCGAGCGGCGAGCGGAGCCGGCGGGAGGGCGCGUUCGGCAGGUAUUAGCAGUUGAGGACAACACUUGUGCUGGCUGAAGAUGGAGAACAACAUAACUACUAUCUCUCGUGAAGAGCUUGAAGAUCUACGAGAGGCAUUUGGCAAAAUAGAUAUUGACAACAGUGGGUAUGUCAGUGAUUACGAGCUUCAAGACCUGUUUAAAGAAGCAAGUCUGCCCUUGCCUGGUUACAAAGUCCGGGAGAUUGUAGAAAAAAUCAUUUUGGUGACAGACAGCAGCAAGGAUGGGAAAAUCAACUUUGAAGAAUUUGUCUCUAUAAUUCAGGAAUUGAAAAGCAAAGAUGUUAGCAAAUCUUUCAGAAAAUCAAUAAACAAAAAGCAAGGUAUUACAGCAAUUGGAGGAACAUCAGCAAUAUCUAGUGAGGGGACACAGCACUCUUAUUCAGAGGAAGAAAAAGUUGCUUUUGUUAAUUGGAUAAAUAAAGCUCUACAAGAUGACCCAGACUGUAAGCACCUCCUACCAAUGAACCCAUCAGAUGCCAGUCUGUUUAAAUCCCUUGCAGAUGGCAUCCUUCUUUGCAAAAUGAUCAACUUUUCACAACCAGAUACAAUUGAUGAAAGGGCUAUUAAUAAGAAAAAACUCACUCCUUUCACUGUUUCUGAAAACUUAAACCUGGCUCUGAACUCAGCGUCUGCCAUUGGCUGCACAGUUGUCAAUAUUGGAUCACAAGAUUUGCAAGAAGGAAAACCACACUUGGUAUUGGGACUCUUGUGGCAGAUCAUUAAAGUUGGCCUUUUUGCUGAUAUUGAGAUCUCCAGAAAUGAAGCUCUUAUUGCCUUGCUAAAUGAAGGGGAAGAGCUGGAUGAAUUAAUGAAGCUCUCCCCAGAAGACCUCUUGCUGCGCUGGGUGAAUUACCAUCUGGCCAAUGCAGGGUGGCAGAGAAUCACUAACUUCAGCCAAGACAUCAAGGAUUCAAGAGCCUACUACCAUUUGUUAAAUGAGAUUGCACCCAAAGGAGAUGACCCUGAGCAAUUGCCUAUUAAAAUUGAUUUUACAGGAUUUCAUGAUAAAAAUGACUUGAGGAGGGCUGAAUACAUGCUCCAACAGGCAGAUAAAUUGGGCUGCAGACAGUUUGUAACUCCAGCUGAUGUGGUUGCAGGCAACCCUAAACUCAAUUUGGCUUUUGUUGCAAAUCUCUUUAACACAUAUCCAGCCCUGCACAAGCCUGACAAUUCAUCUUAUGAUCUCAAUUUAUUAGAAGGAGAAAGUAAGGAAGAAAGGACUUUCAGAAACUGGAUGAAUUCACUGGGUGUGAGCCCAUAUGUUAAUCAUUUAUACAGUGACCUUUCUGAUGCUUUAAUCAUCUUCCAACUGUACGACAUGACGCGCGUUCCGGUUGACUGGGGCCACGUUAACAAACCUCCUUACUCCCUGCUCGGGGGCAACAUGAAAAAGAUUGAGAAUUGCAAUUAUGCAGUAGAACUUGGGAAGACAAAAGCCAAAUUCUCACUGGUUGGUAUUGCUGGACAUGAUCUAAAUGAGGGUAAUCCAACUCUGACUUUGGCUUUGGUGUGGCAGCUGAUGAGAAGGUAUACUUUGAAUGUACUGUCUGACCUUGGAGAGGGCGAAAAAGUAAAUGAUGAAAUUAUUAUUAAGUGGGUGAAUCAGACACUUGCAAAAGCAAACAAGAAAACUUCAAUUACAAGUUUCAAGGACAGAUCAAUUAGCACUAGCUUACCUGUCCUAGAUUUAAUAGAUGCCAUUGCACCAAAAGCAGUUCGUCCAGAAAUGGUCAAGAGAGAAGACCUUUCUUACCAAGACAAAUUGAAUAAUGCCAAGUAUGCCAUUUCAGUUGCUCGAAAAAUUGGUGCUCGUAUUUAUGCUCUCCCAGAUGAUCUGGUUGAAGUGAAGCCAAAAAUGGUGAUGACAGUGUUUGCAUGUUUGAUGGGAAGAGGACUGAACAGAAUAAAAUAAUGCAGACAUAUAAUAACUUUCUGCCAUGUUAAGCACAAUGAAUGCCUCGCAGUUUACAGAGUUCUGAAACUUAGUAUGAGAAAAAUUGUAUGCACAAAUAUCAAUUAUCUUUUAAUCAUGUGUUUGUAUUAGUUAAUUUUCUUCGGUUUCAUAACACAUGAAUUACUUAUGGCUAAUACCAUUUUCAGAACAUGUUCAUUAACAAAUUAACAUCAUAGAUUUGUAUUGCUUGGAAAAACCCAUAUGAAUCAAGCUUCAUUUGUAUUAGUUUCCAUAGCACUGUGAGAACCUGCAUUGUUUUACAUAUGUUGUUUCAGGACCAAUUAUGAAACACUGUUUGAUUUUUGUGGGUGUUAGUUAUAUAUAGUCAUACAAGUCUCAAGGUGCAUUCCAGUCCUGUUGGAUUGGACCCCAAACUGCACAGAAAUUAUCAUCCUUGCCUUAUUCUUGGAGAGCUUAACUCUUGUUGGAGCCAGUGGGAGUCUUGUCAUUGACUUUAGAGCAAGUAAAGGCCUAUGAUAAUGUCUGGUAACUAAUGAAUACUGAUUAAACUGAUGAAACUUUUUUUGUGGGAAUUAUCUUCAAAUAUAUGUAGUAGUUUUGUUCUGUUACUUAGCAGAAACUUUUACAAACCAUGUUGUAUGAAAAAACCAGCAAUAGAAAGCAGAAAUGUCGUGUCAUUAUUAGGUCUGCAUAUGUGCUAAGUUCUGCGGUUGGACUAAACAGCUAUUGGUUUUUUUAACCUUUUCAUAAAAUACUGUGUUAAGAAAACAAUAAAGAGCUGGCUAGUCCACUA